CAAAAAAAAAAAAUUGAUUUUUAUCCUACAAAGAGGCCUUUUCACCUCCAUUGUUAGCACUAGAAGAAAACUAGCGAGUGUCCCCAAAAAACCCCAUUCUUUUUUUUUUCCUUUUUUAGUUUUUUAUUUUUGUUUUUUUUCUCUCUGUGUGUAGCUGUUUUUUUCUAUAUGAUAUACUAAAUCUGUUGAAAUUACUGGAAAAAUCUUGGCUUUUUUCAUCCAUAGUUUCAGGGAAUAAUGGUGAAGAAGGCUAAGAGAAAGGCUAGAGGUGGUGCGAAGGAGAAGCAGAAUCGCAUGGCAUCACCAAAUCCCAUCCCUCAACAAGACGCUCAAAAUGUUAAUGCACCUGAGGAUGGAGUUACAGCUGUGAAUGAAAAAAAGAUAUGCCCCCAUAUUGAUAAGGGUAUUGAUGUGGAGAAAGUCUCUGCUAAACUUGGCUCUUCAGGACCUGUUAGGUGUGAAGAUUGCAGGGAAGGAGCAGCUAAUCGACGGGCUGCUAAAGGAAAAGGUAAACAUGGAAAAAAGAAGGGAGGUGGAGAAUCAAAGUCGGCGUCUAAAGCCAUUUGGGUCUGUUUAGAAUGUGGUCAUUUUUCGUGCGGAGGUGCUGGAUUUCCUACUACUCCUCAGAGCCAUGCAGUUCGGCAUGCAAGACAGUACCACCACCACUUGGCUGUACAAUUUGAAAAUCCUCAAUUGCGAUGGUGUUUCCCGUGCGAUAGACUAAUUCCCGCUGAAAAGGUAGAGGAUGGCACUGAACAAAAAGAUGUAUUACAGGACAUUGCCAAGAUGAUUAAAGGGCGGCCAUCUGAAGGGCCUAGUCUUGAUGCUGAGGAUGUUUGGUUUGGGAGGGGGAAUAUCACGAGCGGGAUCAAGUCAGAGGCUAGUCUUGACAUUGGUGCCUACAGGAAAAGUGGCCACAUUGUUAGGGGAUUGCAUAAUUUAGGGAACACUUGCUUUUUCAAUUCAAUAAUUCAAAACCUACUAGCAGUGAAUAGAUUGCGCGAUUACUUUCUUGAACUGGACGAAUGUGGUGGUCCUCUUGCUGCUGCUUUUAAAAAGCUCUUUACUGAGACAAGUAUUGGGGAUGCCUCAAGAAGUGCUAUUAAUCCAAAAUCCUUUUUUGGUUCUCUGUGUGCGAAGGCUCCACAGUUUAAGGGAUAUCAACAGCACGACAGUCACGAGUUUCUUCAUAGUUUGCUUGACGUUUUGUGUUCCGAGGAAUUGACUGCCAGAAAAAAACUCAAGUCUUCUCAGGAUCAAGUCAAGUCUCCUACUUAUGUCGAUACUAUCUUUGGGGGUCGUCUCUCUAGUACUGUUACUUGUCUGGAGUGUGGACACUCUUCAUUAGUCUAUGAGCCAUUAUUGGAUCUUUCAUUACCGGUUCCCACUAAGAAGACUCCGUCUAAAAAAGCUCAACCAGUUUCCCGUAUGAAGAAGGCAAAACAUGCUCCAAAGAGAAGUGGAAGACUGUGCCCCAAAAUUAAUAGAGAUGCAGCUUCUCCUAAUUCUCAAAGUGCUCAAGAAAGUGGUAGCAAGUCGUUCUGCCAGGUACAGUCUAGUGCGCCCAUCGCUGAGGGAAUGGAAGUUCCCUCUGAUUGUGCAUUGGUAGAUUCUCUUGAUGCUAGUUCUAUGGCUGAUGAUAUGGGCUUAUCUUCACAUAAUAUAUCUUCCUCUAUGAAGUCUAAUAAUGAGGAAGAUGUCAACAAUGUCACUGGGCGGCCGACUUCAGUGGACAAUUUUUCAUGGUUGGAUUAUCUUGAUCAAGAUAUCCUGCCUAAUGUUAAUGAACAAAAUGACGAUGGUGUUGCUGGACAGUCGACUUCAAUGGACAAUUUUACAUGUUCGGAGUAUCUUGAUCAAGAUACUAUGCCUAAGGGUGAUGACGUUGCAUCACAAGCUGAUAUUCUGUCUAAUCAGGGUUGUGCAGCUGAAAACGUUGUUCAACUUAAUGUCUCCUUGCAAAAUGAUCUGAAUGCUCCUAGUGACAGUAAAUUGACAUUGGGUCAGGAAGCUUGUUCUUCAGAUAAUUUUAUGUGCUUGGAUGAUCAAGGACUAUCUAAGUCACCAGACUGCAAUAUAGCUUCUCAAUUUGGUGAAGAAGUAGAAGUUAAAGAUUGGAAUGCUAUAGAAGUUGAGCAUAACUCAGCAUCAAGCAGCCGGUUCCUCUCAGUGGAUUCAAAUCUUGAUUCAUCAGCAAGCCUCGAGGAAGUUGAAGCCCCGUUACAGGUAAAAGAUUCAGAAAUUCUGUUGCUUCCAUAUAAAGAAGAAACCUCAACUACCAAUGAUGUACUGAAAGGAGAAAGCGAGGUGUCCCCAGAUGCUGCUGGCUGUGAACAAGAUAUUUUGGACUUUGAUGGUUUUGGUGGCCUGUUUAAUGAACCUGAGCCGGUUGCAGGGCCGGCUGAAAAGCCUUUACUAAGUGGUGCUGCUUCAGUGGCAAAUGGAUUCGGAGAAGCUAGUUCUGCUAUUGGAAAUAGCUCUGAAUCUGAUCCAGAUGAGGUUGACAGUACUGAUGCUCCCGUGUCAGUGGAGAGUUGUUUGGCUUGUUUCACAAAGCCUGAGCUUCUAUCUAAAACAGAACAUGCUUGGCAAUGUGAAAACUGUGCAAAACUUCUACGAGAACAGAGGAUUAAAUUGAAGAAGAAAUUGCUGAAACCUGAAUCAGAGGACCUGGGGAAUGCGCCAGAGGAUAGUAAUUCAAAGGAAAUUGAUCAGAGAGCCACUAAUGGAAGUGCCGGUAAAGGUUUGUCAGAUGCUUUUGAUGAUAGGUUGGUGCACCAAAAUGGAACAAAUGGUUACUCGAACUGCAUGCCAGAAACUAGCCACAGAGCUGAUGAAGAUCCAGUCUCUAACCCGUCAGAAGGUGGGGUAGAUUCAAGUCAGGAAGAAGCUUGUAGUCUAGUAAAUUGCGAUAGUCAGACCGAUGGAGUUCAGUUGGAUGAAGGUUCUGCUUAUUAUGAAUCUGGAGAAAGUGAGAACGAGACCGAUUCUAAAGGUGUCAAAGUGGAAAGAGAUGCAACUAAAAGGAUACUCAUUGAUAAAGCCCCUCCUAUUUUGACAAUUCAUCUAAAGAGGUUCAGCCAAGAUGCUCGCGGACGUUUAAGUAAGCUGAGUGGCCACGUGAGUUUCAGAGAUACUAUUGAUCUCACAACCUUUGUUGAUCCCAGGUGCUUGCAGAAGGAGGCUUACAAGUACCGACUUUUAGGUGUCGUGGAACAUUCAGGGACUAUGAGAGGAGGUCACUAUGUUGCAUAUAUUAGAGGAGGCCCAAAGAUCGCUGGGAAAGACAAGGACGCGGAAGAUUAUGUGUGGUAUUAUGCCAGUGAUGCCUACGUACGAGAGGUCCCAUUGGAAGAAGUUCUUCAAAGUGAAGCCUAUAUUUUGUUCUACGAAGAAAUUUGAUACGAAUUUCUUUGCAAUUUUUUGAAAUGGUCUGGGUUGAGCUGAUAACCCUACGUAUUCGCGUGUGGGAAAACAAAUACAUAUACUUAAAGGGAAAAAGGGGUUUUCUGGAGGGGUAAACUGUGAGUUGUAUUAUUACAAUCACAGUAGUAUUAACACCCAUUUUUUGUUAUUUUAUACUGUUUCAAUGUGCCAUCACUUUAAGAUGUAGUACAUGUUGAGAAAGUGUAAUUCUUUGUUUUAUUUAUGGAGAAAAAAAAGAAGCAAUCCUUAUUUCUUAA